CAUGUUAUUUUCACCUACAAAGGAAAAAAUCUCUUGAUCAAGAAAGAUAUCAAAUGCAAAGAUGACGAACUCACCCAUCUUUACACAUUGAUUCUCAACCCAGACAACACCUAUGAAGUUCGCAUUGAUAACGAAAAAGUUGAAAGUGGUAAACUCGAAGAAGAUUGGGACUUUACCGCUCCAAAACGAAUUCCAGAUCCAAAUGCUAAAAAACCAUCCGACUGGGUUGACGCAGAGAAAAUCGAUGACCCAACUGACUCCAAACCAGACGACUGGGAAAAACCAGAACAUGUUGCCGAUCCUGAAGCCAAGAAACCCGAAGACUGGGAUGAUGAAAUCGAUGGCACCUGGGAACCACCAAUGAUCGACAACCCAGAAUACAAGGGUGUUUGGAAAGCUCGUCAAAUCGAUAACCCAGCCUACAAAGGCCCAUGGGUUCACCCAGAAAUCGAUAACCCUGAAUAUGUUGAAGAUGCAAAUCUUUAUUUAUUCAAAGACAUUGGUGCUAUUGGUUUCGAUUUAUGGCAAGUCAAAUCCGGUACUAUCUUUGACAAUAUAAUUAUCACAGAUAGUGUUCAACGCGCAGAAGAAUUCGGUAAUGAAACAUGGGGCAAAACGAAAGAUCCCGAAAAGAAAAUGAAAGAUGCUCAAGACGAAGAAGAUAGAAAGAAAGAAGAAGAAGAACGUAAAAAGAAAGAAGCUGAUGACUUAAAGAAGAAACCAGCUGAUGAAGAUUCCGAUGCUGAAGAUAACAAAGCACCUCACGCCGAUGAUGAACUAUAA